CUCGUCAGUUCUUGUUCAGGGUUGAAUGCAAGGCACAAGUUGACAAAUUUCCUAAAGCCAGCUACAAGAAGUUUAUCUCGCAACAGGAAGCUAUGAAUUUUGUGAAUGGACAUGAUAAACCAGUUCAACCAUCUAAUUACACCCAGGCAUCAUCAAGCAGUAGUUUUGGAAGUGGAAACAAUUCAGCUAUCCAGCAAGCCUCAGGCCAUGACAGUUGGGAUGAUGAUGAUGAUGAUGAUUACAAUGGGCAGAUAUUUUCAGGUGGUGUAAACAAGGCCCCUAGGAAGCGCUAUUCGAGCCACAUAGCAUCCCCGUACCAGCCUCGAGGGUCAAGCGCCUCAUGGAGGCAGACUAGGGUGACCCAGAGGCUUGAUGAUGUACCAAUGAGACAUUCACACAGUUCUUCAAAUUCUGAUUAUGCGGAGGUGUACACUGAUGGAGCUUGUAGCAACAAUGGGUUUGGUAACCCCCAGGCCGGCAUUGGAGUAUAUUGGGGGCCAAACCACCCACAAAAUGUCAGUGAAAAGCUGAGAGGGAGACAAACUAACAACAGGGCCGAGAUUCAUGCUGUAGUAAAGGCAGUAGAACAGGCCAGUGGUCGUGGAGUCAAAGAUCUCACAGUCAAUACCGAUAGUCAAUUCCUCAUCAAUUCAAUGACCAAGUGGGUUAAAGGUUGGCAAAGAAAUGGUUGGAAAAAGUCAUCGGGCGAGGAUGUGAUCAACAAAGAGGACUUUGAGGCGCUGAUAAAGGCCAGUAAUGGCAUCAACAUUAAAUGGAAUCAUGUGCGGGGUCACCAGGGAAUAGAAGGGAACGAACAGGCUGACCGCUUGGCCAGAGAGGGGACUACAAAAAGUUGAACAUGGGUGACAGUUUGAUAUUUGCGAAAUGGACCCUACUUUAGACAUGUGUUGUAAAAAGCAGAUCAUUUGGCCUUGACUGGGGCUGUGGAACUUGCUUAAGGAUGUACCCAUUUGGUAUUUGAAAUAAUGGGACCUCUUUUAGAGGCAUGUAUUGUAACAGUGUUAACUGAAAGGAAAAACUGAACAUGAAAGACCCAAUGAAUUAUUGUGAUAUUGGAAUUUUGGAGGUCAAAGGCUUGUUGAUGCUCUAAACAAUGCCUAGACCUUCAUUAUGAUAGAAGCAUGAGAUAUUGUGGUAUGCAUUUAUAAAUGUUCAUUCAUGGAUCGAAUGGAAGGAUUUGAACUUAUGGCAUAUGCAGUGUUCGUGGAUUUGAAAUUAAGAUUUGACAUGAAGCAUGAUACUAGUUUUUAGCUUACAUAGUGCGUAGGGUGAGCUUUUCCCCAUUGCCCGGCAUCGGGGCGACUGUCAACAUUUGCUUCAAACGACAUUUCUUCCUAAACAGGCGGUAGCCAAUUAAGAUGAAAUUUCACCAAGAAACUUCACAAAUUAUGCCCUUUGGUUCAUAAUUGACCAUACCUGGUGGGUUACCUGUUUUACAUAGAUAUAUAUAGGGAAAUCUUUGAAAAUUUUCUUGUCAGAAACAGCUGGGCCCAUACCAUUGAAAGUUGGUAUGUAGCAUGAUAUGGUGCUCCUCUACCAAGAUUUUUAAAAUAAUGCAACUGGGGUCAAAAUUUGCCCCACAUUAGGGAUUUACCUGUUUUCCACAGAGAUAUAUCCGCUACCAUAGCCAUCUGAUGCAGACCCUAAAUUCGCGUGUCUCCAUUACCUCUAUCAUACACCGGCAAACUACAGCAGCAGUGUAAACCGUACUCAAAUUUUCGGCAUCUGAUUACCACUAUCGUACAGCGUGGGAAUACCGCUUAUUUUUACAAUCUUGAACAUGUCAUAACCGAAAAAACUACAAGGGCAAUUACUGUUGCUCAUGUAUUAUUUUGCUUCUUAGUUUUUCAAUAACUUAGGUAGAGAAUGAAACAUUCUUGGUACCAAUAAAAUAACUAAAACAG